CACACUGCCAGUCCCUGUUCUGGACGGCUCCAACGUUUGCUGAUAGUCAGCUGGUGGCCAAGUAAGUGUUGUUGAACGUCGCCGGAGGUAAGACUUGGACGAUGGAGACGAUGGCUGGCCGAAGGGGUGACGAAUUGCCGAGUUCAAGUUCCGUCCUCUCGUUGGUCGUGGGGGAGGAACGACGAGACAGCGCGUCGGCGAACAUUCCCACGCAAGCCCCACCUUUCCAACAGCCCGACACCCGAGCAUCGCUGAGCCGGGCGUUGACAACAUACGCCACAAGGGACGUUCGAGUGUUCGCCGUAGCCAUAUGAUACCAUGGAGUCCUCUGAUAGCGUAGGAAGGAGCAAUGCGCAAGCGGGCGCUGUGCCGGGUGGGAAUAGCGGUCAUAUCAGAAAAUUAGAUGAGAAAGUAGUCAACAGGAUUGCGGCCGGGGAGAUCAUCCACCGGCCAGCGAAUGCGUUGAAGGAGAUGAUAGAGAAUAGUUUGGACGCUGGUGCGACGAUGAUUCAGAUCACGGCUAAGGAAGGGGGUUUGAAAUUACUCCAGAUCCAAGACAACGGCCACGGCAUCCACAAGGAAGACCUCCCCCUUGUCUGCGAGCGUUUCGCCACCUCCAAACUCGCCAAAUACGAAGACCUCUCCCACAUCGCCACCUACGGCUUCCGCGGCGAGGCCCUGGCUAGCAUCUCCCACAUCGCGCACGUCUGCAUCACCACCAAGCGCGACGAGUCCCCCUGCGCGUGGAAGGCCUACUACGCCGACGGGAAGCUUGUACCCGCGAAACCGGGAAUGAGCGCGGACCCGAAACCGUGUGCGGGGAACAAGGGAACGCAGAUUGUGGCGGAGGAUUUGUUUUAUAAUAUGCCGACGCGCAGGAAGGCGUUGAAGAGUGCGAGUGAGGAGUAUAAUCGGAUAUUGGAUGUGAUUCAGCGGUAUGCGAUACAUAAUAGUGGGAUUAGCUUUACUUGCAAGAAGCAAGGAGCAAGCACAGCGGAUGUACAUACCCCGACGGCCGCUACCACCCUCGACAACAUUCGCUACGUGUACGGAGCGACAAUCGCGAAAGAGCUGCUGGAGCUGAAGCACGCGAAUGAUCACUACGCGUUUGACGCAAACGGGUAUAUCUCCAAUGCCAACUUCAACACCAAGAAGAUGGUCUUUCUGUUGUUCAUCAACCACCGCUCCGUCGACUCCCCCACCCUCAAACGCGCCCUCGAAGCCCUCUACACCGAAUACCUCCCCCGCGGGACACACCCCUUCGUCUACCUCAGCAUGACGAUCGCGCCGCAAAACGUGGAUGUGAACGUGCACCCUACGAAACGCGAGGUGCAUUUUUUGCAUGAGGAUAAGAUUGUGGAGAGUAUUUGUGCGGCCGUGCAGGAGCGGUUGGUGGGGGCUAAUCAGAGUAGGACUUUUUUUACGCAGACGUUUUUGACGGGGCAGGGCGCUGUGCCGUCGGAUACGAUCGCGGGGCCUCCAAAGCUUGGCAAAACCCCCGAGCACAAACUGGUCCGAACCGACAGCCGCAGCCGCACCCUCGACUCGUUCAUCACAACCCUCACGGCUUCCUCACCUUCCGUGUCGGCAACCUCUGCUAUUGGGUCGCUUGACAGCGUUGAUGAGGGCGAUGAGGACGAUGAUGAGGACGCUGAACAGGCGGGACGGAAACGGCCACGACUGCAAGAAAGCGGGAGAUUCAAUACGACACGUACGCUGACACCAACGCGCGGAUCAACGGCCUACCCGGACAUCACCGCCCUCAACACCGACGACGCAACACAACCCGUAGACGAAGACCAAGAUGAUGUGCAGAUGGACGUCGCCUACGGCCCCAUCUCCCCACCACCACCACCCGCACGAACACGGGAGCGAACGACCACGCGGGAUUGCGGGGCAUCGAAACAGAUGAGAAGAGCGCCUGUGGAGGUGAAGUUGACGAGUGUGUUGAAGUUGAGGCAGGAGUUUCAUCGGGCGGGGCAUAAGGGGCUUACGGAGGUGUUUAGCGAGCAUACGUUUGUGGGGUUUGUGGAUGAUAUGUUGGCGCUUAUUCAGUUCCAGACGAAGCUGUUUUUGGUGGAUUUUGGUGUUUUGAGUCGAGAACUAUUCUAUCAACUGGUCCUCACGGGAUUCUCGAACUUUGGACACAUGCGGCUUUCUGAGCCGGUGCGAAUCGCUGAUCUCGUUGCGGUGGCUGUAGCUGGCGAGGAUACGUCGGCGCUCGGUGACGACCUCAUGUCUCCCGACGAGAUCGCUGAGAGCUGCACACGCCUCCUCAUCUCCCACCGCGAAAUGCUCGCGGAAUACUUCUCCUUCUCCAUCACGGCCACCGGCACGCUCCUUACCCUCCCGGUCCUGCUCCGCGGGUACACGCCGCCGUUCCACAAACUCCCCGUCUUCCUAUUACGUCUCGCGAGCGAAGUCGUGUGGGAUUCCGAGAGGGAGUGCUUUGAGACGUUUGCGAGGGAGUUGGCGGGGUUCUAUGCUGUCGAGCCGCCUGUUGAGUUGGACGGGGGUGGGGUUGGGGAUGCAGGGCCUCCGAGGGGCACGCCGAGGGGGAUGAUGGAUGCGGUGAGGGCGGAGUAUAGGAGGAGUGUGGAGCAUGUGGUCUUCCCAGCGUUGAAGGCGCAUUUUGUGGCGGGGAGGAGGAUGGUGGAGGAUGGGAGUGUGGUGCAGUUGGCGAAUUUGCCGGAUCUGUAUAGGGUCUUUGAAAGGUGUUAGGGAGGGGAACGAACGAAAGCCUCGCGUGUGUGUGUCUUCUGCACGUGUCAGUUGGGCCUUCACGGGACCGCGCGUUUUUGCUUGUCUCUCUCGAGUCUCUCGCCCAGGACUCCCCCUUCGGCCGGCAAAGAGCAGGCGGAGUGCACCCUCAACCCAACUGCUCCACUUACGCAUACGAGGCCCCAGCA